GUGUCCCCAGUGCUGGAAUAGUGUCUGGUACCUAGAAGGUGCUCAGGAAGUAAGGUUUGUCUGGCCAAGUGAAUGAAUGGGUGAAUGAAUGAGGAGUCCGGGAACAUUAAAGCAGGAGCAGCGCUAUCGAGACGGAGCUCACGUCUUCCUCCUUCUUGCAGGACUCGGGUCAAGCUGGAAAGCCUGGAGGAUGCCUACAUUCUGCGGGGAGGCGACGACUCCCUCUCCGACAAGCAUGGCUGCCCCGCGUACGUGAGCCCGGAGAUCCUGAACACCAGCGGCAGCUACUCGGGCAAAGCGGCCGACGUGUGGAGCCUGGGCGUGAUGCUCUACACCAUGCUGGUAGGGCGGUACCCUUUCCAUGACAUUGAGCCCAGUUCCCUGUUCAGCAAGAUCCGGCGUGGCCAGUUCAACAUUCCAGAGACCCUGUCACCCAAGGCCAAGUGCCUCAUCCGAAGCAUCCUGCGGCGGGAGCCCUCAGAGCGGCUGACCUCGCAGGAAAUUCUGGACCAUCCUUGGUUUUCUACAGAUUUUAGCGUCUCGAAUUCAGGAUAUGGUGCUAAGGAAGUGUCUGAUCAGCUGGUGCCGGACGUCAACAUGGAAGAGAACUUGGACCCUUUCUUUAACUGAGCUCAUGCCUCACGGGGACCGAGCAAGUACCAGGAGUGGGAGGGGAGCAGAAGGGAGUUCUUCCAGGAAACACGUAUCACCUGGCGUGGCAGCAACAAGGACACUGACACUCACACGGUUCUUGGUUCAAAGAAGGAAAACCUUCAAGGAGCUGACUGAACAUGUAGCAUGGGGACAAGAGUUAUGGGACAGGGGUCGGGACCCGGGUCUGGUUGGCUGGAUGGGAGCCUCCUGAAGCUUCUCCUCCUUGAUGUAGACCCCGGAGGCCACCCAUCAAUUGGGCCAUUUCCACCUACCCCACUUUCCGUUUUGUUCAAAAAUAGCUACAGACCCUGACAGAAUCAGAACUCUCUGCCUCAAACACACAUCUUGGCAUCGCACUGUUAGCGUUUAACUUCUUGUUAUGAUUCAGGGAAGGUACAAUUGGCCAAGGAUUUUUUUUUUUCCGUUUCAAAUAAGCCAACCACCUGUCUGAUAAUUAAUGGGGUUCAUUAAAAAAAAAAAUUCGGUGCACACAGACCGACAUGAAACCUGGG